AUGUCGUCUAUCAUCCAGGCGGUACUUGACUGGCUCCGGAGUCUCUUCUUCAAGACCGAGAUGGAGUUAACACUUGUUGGACUCCAGAACAGCGGGAAGACCACCCUCGUGAAUGUCAUUGCUUCGGGCCAAUUCUCGGAGGACAUGAUCCCAACAGUCGGAUUCAACAUGCGCAAGGUGACCAAGGGCAACGUCACCAUGAAGCUGUGGGAUAUUGGAGGCCAGCCUCGGUUCAGGAGCAUGUGGGAGCGAUACUGUCGUGGCGUCAAUGCUAUAGUUUUUGUGAUUGACGCGGCAGACCAUGACAAGCUGGACGCGGCAAGGACAGAGCUGAGAAACUUACUGGAUAAACCUCAACUGGCGAGUAUUCCUGUCCUCGUCCUAGGCAACAAGAACGAUUUGCCAGGAGCGCUUACCGUCGACCAGAUCAUCGAAGUCAUGAACUUGAAGCAUAUUGCGAGUCGCGAGGUGUCAUGCUAUUCGAUCUCGGCCAAGAAUCAGGUCAAUAUCGAUAUUACGCUUCAAUGGCUGAUCAAGAAAGGCAAGUAA